AUGGGCAAUACACAAGCUUCCUCAUCCUCCGCCCCAGGCGAGACAGCUCUAGCAUCCGCUGAUGAAUUGCAAGCGAAGAUCUUCCUGGCACUAAGUACCAUUGCGGAGACCUCGAAGACUCUGAAGGCUUCAUACGGCGACGAGGCAGAUCCUCGCGUCCUCAGCUUCGUCGACGACAUUGGUGCUCAUUUACCAAAGUCGGUUGGAGCACUGGAAUACGCACGCCUGCGCAUCCACCAAAACCUCAUCCCCGUCUCUGAUAGUGAUGCGGUCAAGGAUAUGCCUGUCGUUGUCCAGUAUAUCGACUCGAAGGGCCCUGCAGAAGCUGCCAUCACCGUCGACACCGACAAAACUGAAUCUGCGUUCGUUGUCCCGCAACUUGUCACAGACACGCCGUCGCCUCCGCUCGAAGAAGGCGAGGUCUGUACCUUGACUCUCACCGUCGACCUUGACGUCGAAGAAUACGACGAGCGCCCUCUUCACCUCACCUUCAAGGCCGAGCCGCUGGCUGAUGGCAGGUUGCCUAUCCCUCCAUUCACUUGGGUCGUCGACGCGAACUUGAGGCAAUUCCUCAUCGAACAAGAUCAAAUUCAGCGCGAGAAGCGACAACUUACUGCCAAGAAGGGGAAGGGCAAGCAGCGCGAAAUGCCUGAGGACAGUGAGGAACCGACGGAGUCUCGCGACACCCUUCCGGUCACUAUUGUGAUCAUCAAACCUUCCACCGCGCCGGCGACCGCUGAUGCGCCUGACGUCCUUCCUGCGCCCCGUGCGUCGGACGAAAGUACUGUAGCACCCACAGGCGGUCUCAAGUUCAAGUACUCUCUCGAUGAGCAGUUCCACCCCAGGUUCCCUCCACGCGAAGGUGCACCCGAAGGACCUCUCUCCAUUGAGGACGUGUUACCUAUCAACGAAGGCUACGAAUUAGCCGAGAGCUAUGAAGAUGCGGCGAGGGGGUUGAUAUUCACGUAUCAACUGAAGGAGUGGCCGAUCGUGUUGGAGAACGCGGACGUAGUAGAUACCACCGGUGAAGCUGCGGCGAAGCCACCCCCCAAGAAGGUCGUCAAACAGGUGAAACCCGCCCAGCGACGAGAGGUCGAGCCCCCCGCCAAAGAAGCCCCACGCGUGGCGCGGAUUGCCCGCACUAAAGUGGCUCCCGCCACCGCCGUACCUGUUCGUCGCUCGUCGCGACUUGGUUCUGCGAAGGCCGCCACAAAGGCGGAGGACCCCCGUCCAGCAGCCGGGUCGUCUUCUUCCAAAGGAACGAAGAAAUCCGCAGAAAACAAGAAACCUGUAGAGACCAAGAAGAUCGCAGAGGCCAAGAAGACCGUUGACGCGAAGACGACCGUUGACACGAAGAAAAUCCCAGCGGUCAAGAAUACCAGAAAGCGCAAGGCCGAGGAGAAUGCCGAGGAAGAUGUCCAAGUUGACGCGUCUGUUAAAUCGACGGCCGUCGCAACGAAGAAGGCACGGAGAGCUACUAUCACCAAGAAAGCUGCUCCUGCAGAGAGCACCGUCGCCGAGAAGAUUCCGGCGGCAAAGAAAAUUCGUUCUACGAAGCGGAAGUAA